AUGCGAAACAGAUAUUUGUUGGAAUGUAAGGAUGGUCUACAUAAAAUCAGUGACUUCAGAAUACCACCUAACCGGAACCCGGAAGCCAGAGCCAUACAGUGGGAGGUGAUAUUCCGUUCCGGCCCCAUGAACAGUGGAAUCCCAAAACACUUGUCAGCAAAAUCUGGAGUUUCUUGUGGCUCUUUAAAAUUACUGGCACAUGAGAUCCUUGAAGCAAAAAAGAAAAGGAAAAAAAAGGCCCCGUUUCACGGCUCCCCUGAGGCACAACCACCCAAAGGACCGCAGCCGGUGAAGGCACCGAGCCCCAGGAGUUCCGCACCUCAGAGCCAGCAGGCUACGACUUUCGACCCUGCGGCAACUGAGGUUCGCGCCGAGACGCGCCAGCCUCUGGGGGCGGCGCCGCCCGGGAGACGCUGGCUCGGAAGGGACGGUCCCGGCCUCCUACCCUCCUACGCUUUCCCGCUUUUCUCCCCGCACCACCGCUGUGUCCGAGCUCAUAACCACUGCCGGCCAAAGACGGCUGAGCGUCAACAGCCACUAGCUUUAAACAGUCCCAGGAAGCCGAGCAGCUGCGGCGUGGACACAACUCGGUGGUGCCUGAGGUCGGGGCAACGGGGGGGGGCGUCCGGCUCGGCCCCGGCUGCCUCAGCCCCUGCGGCCUCAGUGGGCCCUGGAGUUCCCGGGGGGGCGGUAUCGACGCCGGCCCCAGCUCCAGCCUCGGCUCCCGCUCCGGGUCCGUCGGCGGGGCCGCCUCCUGGACCGCCAGCCUCGCUCCUGGACACCUGCGCCGUGUGUCAGCAGAGCUUGCAGAGCCGGCGUGAGGCGGAGCCCAAGCUGCUGCCCUGCCUUCACUCCUUCUGCCUGCGCUGCCUGCCCGAGCCGGAGCGCCAGCUCAGCGUGCCCAUCCCGGGGGGCAGCAACGGCGACAUCCAGCAAGUUGGUGUAAUACGGUGCCCAGUAUGCCGCCAAGAAUGCAGACAGAUAGACCUUGUGGAUAAUUAUUUUGUGAAAGAUACAUCUGAAGCUCCUAGCAGUUCUGAUGAGAAAUCAGAACAGGUAUGUACUAGUUGUGAAGACAAUGCAAGUGCAGUUGGCUUUUGUGUAGAAUGUGGAGAGUGGCUAUGUAAGACAUGUAUUGAAGCACAUCAAAGAGUAAAAUUCACUAAAGAUCACUUGAUCAGGAAGAAAGAAGAUGUCUCAGAAUCUGUUGGAGCAUCUGGUCAGCGCCCUGUUUUCUGCCCUGUACACAAACAAGAGCAAUUGAAACUUUUCUGUGAAACAUGUGAUAGAUUGACAUGUAGAGACUGUCAGCUGUUGGAACACAAAGAACAUAGAUAUCAGUUUUUGGAAGAAGCUUUUCAGAACCAGAAAGGUGCAAUUGAGAAUCUACUGGCUAAGCUUCUUGAGAAGAAGAAUUAUGUUCAUUUUGCCGCCACUCAGGUGCAGAAUAGGAUAAAAGAAGUAAAUGAGACUAACAAACGAGUAGAACAGGAAAUUAAAGUGGCCAUUUUCACCCUUAUCAAUGAAAUUAAUAAGAAAGGAAAAUCUCUCUUACAGCAGCUAGAGAAUGUUACAAAAGAAAGACAGAUGAAGUUACUGCAGCAGCAGAACGACAUCACAGGCCUUUCCCGGCAGGUGAAGCAUGUUAUGAACUUUACAAACUGGGCAAUUGCGAGUGGCAGCAGCACAGCACUACUGUACAGCAAGCGUCUGAUUACUUUUCAAUUGCGCCAUAUUUUGAAAGCACGGUGUGAUCCUGUGCCUGCUGCUAAUGGAGCAAUUCGUUUCCAUUGUGAUCCCACCUUCUGGGCAAAGAAUGUAGUCAAUUUAGGUAAUCUAGUAAUAGAGAGUAAACCAGCUCCUGGUUAUACUCCUAAUGUUGUAGUUGGGCAAGUUCCUCCAGGGACAAACCACAUUAGUAAAACCCCUGGACAGAUUAACUUAGCACAGCUUCGACUCCAGCACAUGCAACAACAAGUAUAUGCACAGAAACAUCAGCAGUUGCAACAGAUGAGAAUGCAGCAACCACCUGCACCUGUGUCAACAACAACAACAACAACACAGCAGCACCCUAGACAAGCAGCCCCACAGAUGUUACAGCAACAGCCUCCGAGAUUGAUCAGUGUGCAAACAAUGCAAAGAGGCAACAUGAACUGUGGAGCUUUCCAAGCCCAUCAGAUGCGAUUGGCUCAGAAUGCUGCCCGAAUACCAGGGAUACCCAGGCACAGCGGCCCUCAGUAUUCCAUGAUGCAGCCACACCUCCAAAGACAACACUCAAACCCAGGGCAUGCUGGACCCUUUCCUGUUGUGUCAGUGCACAACACCACAAUCAAUCCAACCAGCCCUACUACAGCUACGAUGGCAAAUGCAAAUCGAGGUCCCACCAGCCCAUCUGUUACAGCAAUAGAACUAAUUCCCUCAGUUACCAAUCCUGAAAACCUUCCAUCAUUGCCAGAUAUUCCACCCAUACAGUUGGAAGAUGCUGGUUCAAGUAGUUUAGAUAAUCUACUAAGUAGAUACAUCUCAGGCAGUCACCUACCCCCACAGCCUACAAGCACCAUGAAUCCCUCCCCAGGACCCUCUGCCCUGUCUCCAGGAUCAUCAGGUUUAUCCAAUUCUCACACACCUGUGAGACCCCCUAGUACCUCUAGUACUGGCAGUCGAGGGAGCUGUGGAUCAUCAGGAAGAACUGCUGAGAAGACAGGUCUUAGUUUCAAGUCUGAUCAAGUGAAGGUCAAGCAAGAACCUGGGACUGAAGAUGAAAUAUGUAGUUUUUCAGGAGCUGUGAAACAAGAAAAGACAGAGGAUGGCAGGAGGAGUGCCUGCAUGUUGAGCAGUCCUGAGAGUAGCUUGACACCACCUCUCUCAACCAACCUGCAUCUAGAGAGUGAAUUGGAUGCAUUAGCAAGCCUGGAAAACCAUGUGAAAACUGAACCUGCAGAUACAAAUGAAAGCUGCAAACAGUCGGGGCUCAGCAGCCUUGUUAAUGGAAAGUCCCCGAUUCGAAGCCUCGUACACAGGUCGUCAAGGAUUGGAGGAGAUGGCAAUAGCAAAGAUGAUGACCCAAAUGAAGACUGGUGUGCUGUCUGCCAAAAUGGAGGGGAUCUCUUGUGCUGUGAAAAAUGUCCAAAGGUCUUUCAUCUAACUUGUCAUGUUCCAACACUUCUUAGCUUCCCAAGUGGGGACUGGAUAUGCACAUUUUGCAGAGAUAUUGGGAAACCAGAAGUUGAAUAUGAUUGUGAUAAUUUGCAACAUAGUAAGAAGGGGAAAACUGCACAAGGGUUAAGCCCCGUGGACCAAAGGAAAUGUGAACGUCUUCUGCUUUACCUCUAUUGCCAUGAAUUGAGUAUUGAAUUCCAGGAGCCAGUUCCUGCUUCGAUACCAAACUACUAUAAAAUUAUAAAGAAACCAAUGGAUUUAUCCACCGUGAAAAAGAAGCUUCAGAAAAAACAUUCCCAACACUACCAAAUCCCAGAUGACUUUGUGGCUGAUGUCCGUUUGAUCUUCAAGAACUGUGAAAGGUUUAAUGAAAUGAUGAAAGUUGUUCAAGUUUAUGCAGAAACACAAGAGAUUAAUUUGAAGGCUGAUUCAGAAGUAGCUCAGGCAGGGAAAGCAGUUGCAUUGUACUUUGAAGAUAAACUCACAGAGAUCUACUCAGACAGGACCUUCGCACCUUUGCCAGAGUUUGAGCAGGAAGAGGAUGAUGGUGAGGUAACUGAGGACUCUGAUGAAGACUUUAUACAGCCCCGCAGGAAACGCCUAAAGUCAGAUGAGAGACCAGUACAUAUAAAGUAAAAUGACAUGAACUUAAAUAAGUGUUUAAAAAAAAAAAAGAAAGAGAGAAAACCCUUUUAUUUAAGUGUCGCUGGAUUAUCCUGCCUACAGUGGGCACCUCCUUGAAGAAGCUGAUAGCUUUUACACAGUAUUAGAUUGAAGUAAUGGACAGAAGUCACUUCUUGUCAAGAAAGGGGGAGAGAACUCUAUUUGCAACUUUAAAAGUAAAAACAAAAAGCAAAAGUGAAAUGAUUUGAAGAUUUCUGUUACUAAAGAGGAUGGUUCUUUAGAAUGGCAGACGUUGGUGAUCACGUGGAAUUGAUUGGUGCAGGAUGCUGGGUGUACAAGUAAAUACUUGAGGGUCAUGUCGUUUGAUAAAUUGUCUCUUUGGACGAGAGUGCACAGUUAUUAAAAACAACUUUCAUGCCUCCCCUUCCACACACAUACAUACUGAUUUGUUUUCUAGGUAAAAUCAAAGUUUCAAAUUCCACUUUCAUGUCAAUGCAGAUAUGUAUUGAAUCAUGCCAUUAUAUUUUUUCUCACUUCAGUGCUGUUGGGCUUUAGUUUUUAUAUUGGUUUAAAGAACUCAACAGUGCUUUUAUUUUCUAUUUAUACCUAGAGUCUAGGAAACAUCACUGAUCAUCAUUUAAUCAAUUUUAAUGAUCUGCUGAAAUAAAUAUGGUAGCUUUUCAGUGGCAGAUCAUAGAGUAGUCAUUUCCAGAAAAACACUUCCGCAGAAUUGCACUUCCCAAUCAGAUCAUCUGAUCAUACAGUUACUCCCCUCAAAGGCAGAAUGUGUGUUUCAAAAUUAAUCUAGUUUUCUGUACAUUUAAAUUUGAUUGAGAAGGUGACAACUGGCUCUUAUCCAGUCUUCCUUCAUAUCAGUUUUCUGAUAGACCACUAUUGGCAAACAGUAAUCUGUCAACUACCAAAUGUGUAAAAUUUUCUGUAUUUCACUUUGUCUUAUUUGUAAAUAGUGAACUAAAACUUCUGGCAGAUCAGCAACAUUUGCUGAGCCUGUUUUUUAAGCUAAUGUGUAUUCUUACUAAUGUUCCUAUCAAGAAUGGAUUUGUAAUAUAUGCUGUCUAUUUCUAAUGUUCACAUUCAUAUUUUGAGGUUCUAUCUUAUUUUAAUAGAGAACAGACUUCUCAGAAAAUCUUCAGAAGCAGCUUAUUAUUAAAUGUCAAACUAUUGAAAUAAACCCGGUGGGGUUAGAUUACUCAUCUGUCCACCAAGUGGGACAUUUGCAUGGACUGGGGGCUUAACGGACUUAGAAGAGGCCUGUAAGUAAAUCCUGAAAAUGAGCCAAUCCCCACUUGAAUGGUUACUGGAGUAAACCCACCAUUACUACCCUGAGUUCAGCCCCUGAGGCAGAUAAACCACCUUGGCUUGGUUUCAUUUUUCUUUUCUUCAUUUGUGAUGCUCAGAUCCAAGAUGUGCGUUCUAGACUGUGUACAGGCUUCUCUUUUGUUGGAUUAAAAAAUUUAGUCCUACUUUUGUAUGGACACCUUAGAAUAUAAAGUGACCAAAAUAGAAGACUUGCCAUUAGAUAUUUUUCAGACGUCAGCAGAUUUGUGGCAAAUCAUUUGCCUUUUUAAAACUUCAGCUUCUGCAAUUCAAGACAGUAGACUACUCAGUAAAAAUUAUUUGACGUAAUUGUCUGAGAGGUAAAUAUUUUUUAGUGCAUAUUGAAUCAAAUAAAGUGCUCUAAAGAAAUUAUUAUACAAAUUCCUUUGGGUUGUUUUUCUUUUCUUGACAAGUGUUGGGGGUAAACAUGAAUAUUAUUCAGGCCUUCUGAUGGUGUAUGUAAGUGGUGUUGAUUUUAUUACUGCUGUUGACUUCAUUCUGUGGCUUCCUUUUAGCUCCUUUCUCAGUUUUGUUAUAAGUUCAGCUUUAAAACUUACACUGAAAUGUUUUAUCAUUUUAGUCAAAUUUCAGGUACCUAAGAAGAGUUUUCUUACAAGAGGGAGAGAAUCAUUUUAAAAUGCUUUAUUUAUGUGUAUUUCCUUUUUUCCCCACAACAUUUAUGAUUUCAGUUUAUCAGAUGUAUAUAAGGGCACGUUUUGGAAAGCGAUGAGUAGCAGUAUAGAAUUCCUUUUGUCAAGCCAUUGAUUUCUAAUAUUUUAUACUUGCUUUUCAGAUGAAUCCUUUUCAUGAUUCUUAGAUAAGUCUUUUAUAUAGGUUCUACCAAUGGGGGAGAAACUAAAUUUUCAUUAUAUAUUUAUUUCUUGGUAUUUGAGGCCUUAAAAGAUAAUGUGUUCCCUUAAAGAUAUUUCUGUGUUAGGUGGAAUUUUUUUUUUCUUUUAAGAUUGGUUUUUUGAAAAGCCACUUUAUUGCCAACAUUUAAUAGGCUCCAUUUCUGUUAACAGAAGACAAUUGCUCUUACUGAGGAUUUACUAUUAAGUAAAUAGCUACCAACAAACCACCCUUAAAUGAAGGUUUAGAUUUCAUUGAAGCUUUUUUCUUGUGCAUUGAUCAGUGUGUUCCUAAGCUGAUUUGUUUAGCCACUAUCUAAUAUAACUGUUAGGAAGUAUAAAAGCUUAAAUUGAUAUUCAGAUGUCUUCAUGUUUUUCUAUUAAUUUAUGUUUCAAAACAAACAUUGAAUAUCAAUUUCUGAAGGCAGUUUAAUACUCUUUCUUUGUUAAAAGGCAGUAUUUUAGAUUUGGAGAUGUUAAAUGUUUCCUUAAAAACUUGCAGUUUUGCAGUACUUGAGUUCCCAUCUCCCACCAGAACACUAAGAACAGUGUUCCUCAGUCUGUUCUGCUGGCCUAAAUUUGUAUUUUUUUUUUUAGCACUUGGCUCAGUUGAUUCACUGAGUAAAGGAAUUGUUUUGCAAGGUGAAACAUGUACGUGUUCCAAAGUAUGGUUAGAUUGUAGGUCAUGCUCUAUAUAGAAACAUCAAAUCAUUACCACAGAGAGAUGAUAAGGCAUUGGAUCCUCUGUUGAAAUUAUUCUUUUUGGAAUCAACAAGGUAUUUUCUGACUUUUAUAUCUUCUAUAAAGGAAUUUUAAAUAAUUUUAAAGUCAGUUAAUUCUCAUUUUUUGUUUUAACAGUUUUUGAGAUUUUUAGUUAAUCCAAAGAAAUAAUGCUUUUAAGUAGAAGCAAAAGGUUUUAUAGUGUGCAAAUUGUAGGUUUACCAAUUACCUCAGCAGGUAUCCUGCCAUGUAAUUAUUAGUGGUUAGUGUUAAUAAGCCAGUAGAUUUAGGUCUUCUGACUGUGCCCUUGGAUUUUGGCCUACCAUAUGUUAUUGAGCAAUCUCUUAGUAUCCAAAAUGGGAAUAGAUGCUGUGGCCCCCUCUCCCUUGGCCUUUUAAGUCCCUUACCCGUUCCCACUCACAACACAGGAAGUAUAAAGAUCUCAUUUCUUGUUGAAGUCAACACUGCUUAUUUGCAUACUCAGCAUUGGAUCGGUGAGUAGUUUUAUAAAAUCCACCCACCCCCAACUCCCCUAGUUAAUCAGAUUCUUAAUUCAUACCAUCUGUAUUAAUAAUCUGCUGAAGAUGAUCCAAGGUUUUCAAGGUGUAUCAGUUUGAUCUUGAACUGAACCUGGAUGCUUUCUUUUAUUUUUCUCACAGUUCUCUCCUCCUUGAUAAAGCAAUAACACUGCUUUAAGUCUGUUGCCUAAUAGGCAUGUCAUAGUCUUCUCCUGGAUGGUGAUUUUAUAGGAAAGUUUGUAUGCAUAUCACCCAGUCUAUCUUUUAAAAAAUAAGAAAUUUAAAUGUAUGCUGGAGCUUAUGACAAUAUAUUGUGGCAUUUUAUUUUAAAAAUUGGGGAAAGUUGCAUAUUUUUUUAAAAGUAGGUAUUUGAGUAAAAAAAAUUGAAGGUACUUUUUUAAGAAAAAAAAUUUAUAUGCCACAGUUUACAUAGACAUUUCAGAUUUCAACAUGUACUCUUGGAUAUAAUGGUUUCUUUUACUUGGCCAAAAUGCAUGUAAAGCAUAUCUUCCAUCUUAGUUCCCUGUGUUUGCCUUCGUGGUCUUUUAUAUAUUUUUUAUUGUAUCUGAGAAAAUUAUCUUCAAAAAUAAGUCAAUUUGGAUAUAUUUGUCAUAAUCAUACUACAAAAUGUACAAAAUUAAGUUUAGCCCUUUUCUAGCAAGUAAUCUUUAAAGUCAAAAAUGUUCUUCUUUUAAAUUCACCAAAUUUGUAUGUGGGAAGGCACACAAAUGAUUUUGUAGGUGCCACUGCAAUAUUCCCUUUCAGGUGUGGCCUAAAUUUCAGUCUUAAGAAGGAAGUGCUUGUCUGCUCCUGGUCUGAAAAAUGUAGGCAUUUACUAUGUUUUAAAUCACAGUGAAACAUGUACAUAAGCCUAUAAAAACGGUAUGUGCAAUCUGAAAGCCUGUUAAUUUUCUAUGUAGACAUACACACGAAAGGGUUAAAUUCACAGCCUUACUAGUUCCUUGCUUCCAGUAUUUCAACUGGUCUCUUCCCCUCAUUAUUAUUAUUAUUAUUAUUAUUAUUAUUACUACUACUACUACUACAACUAUUAUUUUUGCACAUAAUUACCCUUCAAUAUGAUUCUUAAAGAAAAAGUGCUGUUUCUGUGGUAUUGUAUUCUCUAAAUAAUCAUAUUUAAUUUUUUAAAACAAGGUUGCAGUUUCUAAUUGUUCCGUUCCUGUGUUUUUUGCUGGUGUGUAUUAAAAGCAAGAAUUUCUUUUUCAUGGUUAUUUAAUACAUUAGCUGCCUGUAAAUAUUUCUUGUUAUAAUGCUCUGGAAUGUGUUGUAGAAGUUGUAUUAGAUUAGUUUAAAGCCUUGUUUGAAAGCCACAUUGUUUUGGUCAUUUCUAUUAAAUUAGAAAAUUGAAAAAGUU